ACUGAAAUAGACACAAAAACCCACAGCCAAAUUUCUCACUCUCCCUCACCUUAUCUUCUUCCUCCCUCCGCCCUUCCUCUGAAUUUUUCACACACAAACACACACUGAAAUCCAACCAACAAUGCCGGCCCCAACUCCGGUAGAAGGAGCCCAACCAGAGGCCAAAACCCCCGGCGAAGAUGACUCCGAUUCCGAACGCACCCCCGUAGAAAUCUCCUCCUCCUCCUCCGACUCCGACUUGGACUCCGACUCCGACGACGAAAUCAUAACCUACACCCGAGCCGACGGCACGAGCCAGCAAGUAAUGGCCGGCGACUCCGACGGCGAGAACGUGCCGGAGGUCAACAUCCGCCGCUUCACGAAGCUACUCAACUCGAAGCGGCUGCGCCGGGAGCAAGACGAGGAGGACAAGGACAUCGAGUACCACGAGGACCUGUUCGAUUUCCCGAGGGACCCGGAGGACUGGCGGGAGGAGGAUCUGAGGGAGCUGUGGGGGGACGCUCCGAUUGCCUCCACCAAGCAGGGGUGGGACCCACACACGGCGGACGAGGAGGAUUUCGAUAUCGUCGACGAGGAGAUUAGGGAGGGCCGGGACCCGCCCAUUGCCCCGUUUUACGUGCCGUACAGGAAGCCUUAUCCGGUGAUUCCGGAUAACCACUACGAUAUCUCGAACCCCAAGUCGGUUAUUGAGGAGCUCGAUAGGAUUGAGGAGUUCAUGGUUUGGGUUAGCUACAUUUUCCCCGACGGCAGCUCGUACGAAGGCACUGUUUGGGAUGAUUUGGCUCAUGGUAAAGGCGUUUACGUUGCCGAGCAAGGGCUGGUCAGGUAUGAAGGAGAAUGGCUCCAAAACAACAUGGAAGGUCACGGAGUUAUUGAAGUGGAUAUUCCCACCCCAGAGCCUAUUCCCGGUUCCAAGCUUGAAGCAAAGAUGAGAGCCGAAGGGAAAAUAAUAUCGAGAGAUUUUAUGUCACCUGAAGACAGGGAAUGGCUAGAGAAGGAUAUUGAAGACAGUGUACGUUUAGCUGAUGGAAAUUAUGAAAUCCCUUUUUACGAAAAUGACGAGUGGAUCAAAGAAUUUGGAGAGAAACCGGAGAAAGGCCGAUACCGAUAUGCUGGUGAAUGGAAACAUGGGAGAAUGCACGGUUGUGGUGUAUAUGAAGUCAACGAGCGAACAACAUUUGGACGAUUCUAUUUUGGCGAACUUUUAGAAGAUACUACUGGAUGUGAUGCAGAAGUCUCAGGGAUGCAUGCAGGUAUAGCAGAGGUGGCAGCUGCAAAGGCACGCAUGUUUGUCAACAAGCCUGAUGGAAUGGUGAGAGAAGAUAGAGGUCCAUACUCUGAUCCUCAACAUCCCUAUUUAUACGAGGAAGAGGAUGUGUGGAUGGCUCCAGGUUUCAUCAAUCAAUUCUACGAGGUUCCAGAUUAUUGGAAAAUGUACGUCCAUGAGGUGGAUGAAGAAAGACAGAUGUGGUUGAACUCAUUUUAUAAAGCUCCGCUCAGGAUACCCAUGCCUGCUGAACUCGAAUACUGGUGGUCCAAAGAGGAAGAACCAGAAUUUGUACUGAUAAGCAAAGAACCGGAGCCAGAUCCUGAAAAUCCAUCAAAUCUUAUAUACACCGAAGACCCCCUUAUCCUACACACUCCAACUGGAAGAUUAAUAAACUACAUAGACGAUGAAGAACAUGGGGUCCGCUUAUUCUGGCAGCCUCCGGUAAAGGAAGGCGAAGAAAUCGAUCCAGACAAGGCAGAGUUUCUCCCCCUUGGAUUCGACGAGUUCUACGGUCGUGAAGUGGUUGAAGAGAGAGAUAGUUUCUGGGUUCGUUUUAUAACAUCUGUUGAAAAUAAAUGCAAACCUAUGCUCGCUGGAAUAGAAAAAUGGACCGAAGAGAAGAAGAAAGCUAGUGAGACGAAGUUGGAGGUUUUGAAAAAAGAAAUGGACUUGGUGGACGCUGAGCUGGCGCUUAAGGAUGCGAUUGAGGAUUUGGACGAGGAGUUGAAGAAGAUGCAGGAGGAGGAAGAGAGUAAAAUGGAGGGAGGGGUAGAAGAGGAAGCUGUUUCUACUGUGGGUCCCACAAAGGAGGUGGAGCAAAUUACAGGCGAGGCUGAACAAGAGGAGGAAGAAGAGGAGGAAGAGGAAGAUGAUGAUGAUGGUGAUGGUGCUGCUCCGUCUAGCUUUGGGUCAAUUGAAGGGCGGAACUCGGUGAAUAGUGAGACGAAGGGGGGUAAAUUUGGAAAGUCUACAUUUGCCGCGACUUCUCUGUCCUUUGGGAGUUCUACUAAUCUCUUCUCGUUGGUUCCACAAAAGGUGCAGAAUUCAUUUUCAAAGUGGAAGGAGGCGAAAUUACCAAAACGGGCUUCUUCUUCUACUCCUAUUCGUACACAUCACCAGCUUCAGAGUACGCACGCCGUUAGCUUUCCUCGUUCAGUUGUUAAAAACUUGAACCUGAAAUUAACGAGGCAAACACACCACCACCACCACGUCGAACAAAACCCGAAGCUGAGCUUGAGAAAUCACUCGAAAAGGAAAGCUUCAAUGGAAACGGAACGAGUUUUGGAGAAUUUGAGUAUAUUAUCAUUACACACACCAAUAACGCUAUAGCCCCGUUUUUGUCUUUAAUUAUCGAUUAUUUUUGUAGUGUACCUGCAGCUGAAUAUACUGUGUUUGAGCUGUAGCUUGCCCCUUUUGUAUUCAACGUAUUUUUUAAUAUUUUUUUUUUUAAUUUAUAUCGCCCCUGGCUGAGAGUUAGU